GUUAAUGUUUAAUUGUGAUGUGUGAUGUGUGCAGCAUGUGUAGUGCGGUGUCUCUGUGUGAGACCUGCAUGUCUCACUUGUGUUUGUUCGUUGUUAGGAGAUGUGCUCCAGUUUAUCUUUGUGUAUCGCUUAGUUUAUCUUAAGUUUGUUUUGUAACUUGGCUGCAGAGUCUUUCUUCCUUUUCAAAUAAUUAAACAUUAUCUACUAAUUUUCCCAAAUCAGCUUCCUCUCUUUUUUCUCUCUCCCGGUUCUUUUCAUAUUGUGUUCCUUCCCUCUGCACGCCUAGUUGAGGAGGGAACACUUGUUAAUUAUCUUUCUGUCUUCUAAUCGAUAUUUUUGUAUUGGUGUUUUUGGACAGAACAUCGCCCGAAAGCGCCGCUACGUGGCGACGGUUUCCCUCCACGACCGGGUGUACGUGAUCGGAGGCUACGACGGGCGCUCGCGGCUCAGCUCGGUGGAGUGUCUGGACUACACGGCGGACGAGGACGGCGUCUGGUACACCGUCGCCACCAUGAACGUCCGGCGGGGCCUCGCGGGGGCCACGACCCUCGGAGAUAUGAUUUAUGUGGCUGGAGGCUUUGACGGCAGCCGGCGUCACACCAGCAUGGAGCGCUACGACCCGAACAUCGACCAGUGGAGCAUGCUGGGAGAUAUGCAGACGGCCCGCGAGGGGGCGGGGCUUGUGGUCGCCAGCGGACUCAUCUACUGCCUCGGAGGGUACGACGGCCUGAACAUCCUGAACUCGGUGGAGCGAUACGACCCGCACACCGGACACUGGACCAGCGUCACCCCCAUGGCCACCAAGCGCUCAGGCGCCGGCGUGGCGUUGCUGAACGACCACAUCUACGUGGUGGGGGGGUUUGAUGGCGUCUCCCACCUGGACUCUGUGGAGGUUUAUAACAUCCGGACGGACUACUGGGCGACGGUCGCUUGCAUGACGACGCCGCGAUGCUACGUGGGAGCGACGGUGCUGCGAGGACGACUCUACGCCAUCGCAGGGUACGACGGGAACUCUCUGCUCAGCAGCAUCGAGUGCUACGACCCCGUCAUCGACUCCUGGGAGGUCGUGACCUCCAUGGCGACGCAGCGCUGCGACGCCGGAGUGUGUGUGCUGCGAGAGAAGUGAAGAAGAAGAAGAAGAAGAAGAAGAAGAAGAAGAAGAAGAAGAAGAGUGAAGUGUUUCCAUGAGCACCGUGUUGUAAACAUCCUGACAGCUUGAAACACAACAUUUCAAGAAGCAGCAGAGAGCGGACAGACGGCAGCUAGCCUCACAGCGAACCCUCAGAGCUGCAUGACUCUCCUCACCUGUGGGAUUAUUUUUUCAGUUUGUCUUCAAAGUGCAAUAUAUUUCUACUCAUGCAGAAGCUGCUACACGCCUUAUGACCCGGCCUGCAUCACACGUCCGUGUUGCCUCAUCCAUCUUUUUGUAACUGUUUUAGAUUCUCUUUAAUACAGAAGGUUUAUUGUUGCUCUCAGAUUAUAUAUAUAUAUAUAUUUAGAGAUUUUAGAAAAAUGACUGAAUUGUGCCAGUUGAUUAUUUUGUCCCUGAAGAAAUCACAGAGUCAGAGCUGCAUGUGAUGAUUUUAUUUUAUAAAGCUGUACAUUAACCUUCACUUUUGCCUGAGACGUGAAUAAAGUCACCGAGAAAUUAAACCC